UUAGGGAAUGACAACCUGCUCUGGUGUUGUGGCCGUUGAAGGCGUGAAGCUCGGAAGCCUACAGGUGGUCACAACUUUUACCAGAUUUUACUGAGAGCUACAAUAAAAGCGAGAGGUUAGAGCUCGUUUCUUUUGGAUGUCGGGGAACUGUUAAGCGGUUACCUUAGUAAACGUGUGUCUCGCGGUCUUCCUCUCCGGCUCGACCAAUGCUCCUGCAUCAGUACAUGAACGGAUCCCUGGAAGUCAUGCCGCCGACACCGGUCCAGAAAGACACCACGUUUACCAAAAUCUUCGUCGGCGGGCUGCCGUACCACACGACCGACGCUUCGCUCAGGAAAUACUUUGAGGCUUUCGGGGACAUUGACGAGGCCGUGGUGAUAACGGACAGGCAGACCGGUAAAUCCAGGGGCUACGGCUUUGUGACCAUGACUGACCGAGGGGCGGCAGAGAGAGCCUGCAAGGAUCCCAAUCCCAUCAUAGACGGCAGAAAGGCCAACGUCAACCUGGCGUACCUGGGCGCCAAGCCUCGCAGCCUGCAGACAGGCAUAUCCAUCGGAGUGCAGCCCAUCCACCCGGCACUCAUCCAGAGGCAGUAUGGGUUAACCCAGCCAUACAUCUACCCUCAAGCGUUCGUACAGCCCAGCCUGCUCCUGCCCACUCAAGUCUCCGCCUCGGUCGGCACCAGCCCUUACCUGGAUUACAGCUCUGCCUACGCACAGUACGCUCACGCCGCCUUCGAGCAGCAGUAUCCCUACGCCGCCUCCCCCGCCGGCUUCCUGGGCUACGGCUACGCCACCAGCCCCACUGCCUCCGCCGGCCCGGCAGGCGCCACCACAGCCGCGGCCUCCGUGCACCCCACCCUGCCCUCCGCUACCAACCAGGCCCCGGCCUUCCUGCACUACGCCCCGCAGCAGCACAUCCAGCCGGAGAGGAUGCAGUGAGCAUGGGGAUAGAACGGAGAUGGUCAGCUGUUAAAUAUAGAAGAAGAUGGAGAAUUUUUGGACUCGAGAGCAAACCCCUAUAGGCUGCCACUGCUGUUGUCAGCAGCAGAUUUCAGGAAAAAUGAUGGGAUUAUUGCACUAUGCGAUCAGGAUGGGCUGCUAGCCCAUUGUGACAAGGGGUGGGAUGACUGCUUGGCGCUCAGGAUGGGAAGCUGAACAGCAUAAAGCAUGUGGUUGCUUCCAAGGGCUUCCAGAACAUGACACUUCAUUUUUUUUUUAUUAUUCUUAUUAAUAUAAUUUUAUUCUAUACUAUUGUAUUAAUGUCCUUGUCACUAUUUGUUUGUUUGCCAUUAUUAUCCAUGUUGGCAUCUCUUGUAGCUCAAUCAGCAGAGGGUACACGUCCAUCGGAGAUGGCGGCAUGUGGACGCCUUCUCACCAUGUCUGAGUUCACUGGACCCGACACAGUGGACACUGCUGCUUUGAAGACAGUGAGGGACAUUUUUGUUCGUUUCUGGUGGUGAUUGGAGAGGCAUGCAACAGAGACCUGCCUAAUGAACAGAGAUUUCAACUCUAAGAGACUGCACAACUUUAUUUCAAUAUUUUAUUUCAAGAGGCCUUAAAUAAAGAAGAAAAAGACAAACCUCUUUUUGAAUCGUCAGAUUAUUUAAUGGUGCCUCUUCUCUCCAAACCGAGCCCCAUUGUUACUGAGCUGGGCUAUGCUAACUUCAUUUUGAUGUAGAUAAUCAUAAACAGUAUCGGGAGGCAGAAGCUGUGUAUAUGGAGAAGAAAAUUUGCCGACACUGAGAACAAACACCAGUGGGUUUUUUUUUUUUUGUUUUUUGUUUUUUUUCUUUACAAGAUGGUCAGAAAACUGUUGCUCUCCAAGGGAUGUCCAUGUACAGCAUAUUCAGAUGUCAUCACCUGCUUUUUUUUUCAAUAUUUAUACGUAGGUAUUUAUAGGAGGUACUAAGUUAAAAAAAAAUGUUUUUUUUUUCUUUUUUUAUUAUUAUUAUUAUUGUAGCUAGUUGUGACACUGAUUUCAUUUAACUUGCAGUCAUUCCUGCAGCUCUAAAAGUGUCAUUGUUUUUAUGAUGUUACCAAUCCGUGAAUCUUUGGAUGGAUUCAUUGGAAAUUCCUUUUUCUUUCAGUAAGAUUGUUCUAUACAAUCCUUUGAAACAAGCCAUAAAGAAUAAAAAAUUUCUACUCCA